CCGGAAGUGGGUUGAAAAGGAAAGAGAAGGGGAACCGAGCCGGCAUAAUGAUUUGGAGACAGGGGAGGGAGAAACUGGACCGCAAAUCCCUUGUCGAGGCAAUUUUGUAUUUGUUUGUUUGAAUUAGAUUUAAUUAGAACCGCGCGCAAUUGAAAGAAAUCCCCCCCAUUUUCCAAAGCGGAAGUCAAUGAAUUAGGGUUGCUUACUUGCCACGUCUGUAGAAAAAAUAAUCAUCUUUGCUGCUUCCUGGCUAAUUUAACAGCAAGAUAACUAUCUAAACCAUCUAACACAGGUUUAGGCUACUUAAAAAAAAAAAAAAAAACUUAUUUAGGUUAGACCUGUGUCAAUUUUAAGUGCGUUAUUGAGUGUCACUGCUCUUUGGAGGAAGAACGCAUAUUUCCACGCCACUAGCCAACUACAAUCAACGUUUGCCCAUCUUGGCGGGGCGUUGCUGCUUUUUACCUUUCAGGACAACUCGAGCAGAAGUCGAAGUUCUAAGAAACGUUUUAGAGAAGACAAACAACUAACUAGGCCUAGCAUACGCUCACAAACACAAGACAAUGUCUGGAAACAACAGCAUCGACGCGGUUAAGCGAAAGAUCAAAGUUUUACAGCAACAGGCAGAUGAAGCCGAAGAAAGAGCAGAAAUUCUUCAGAGGCAGGUCGAGGUGGACAAAACAUCAAGAGAACAGGCUGAGGCUGAGGUUGCUUCCUUGAACCGGCGUAUCCAGCUGGUUGAGGAGGAGUUGGACAGGGCCCAGGAGCGACUGGCCACUGCUCUGCAGAAACUGGAGGAGGCCGAGAAGGCUGCGGACGAAAGUGAGAGGGGCAUGAAGGUGAUUGAGAACCGGGCCCUGAAGGAUGAGGAGAAGAUGGAGCUACAGGAGAUCCAGCUGAAAGAGGCCAAGCACAUUGCUGAGGAGGCUGACCGCAAGUAUGAGGAGGUGGCUCGUAAACUGCUGAUCAUCGAGGGGGAUCACGAGCGCACAGAGGAGAGGGCAGAGCUUGCUGAGGCCAAAGCCAGGGCCCUGGAGGAGGAGUUGAGAGGUUUCGACCAAUCGCUGAAGUCCCUGCAGGCCUCUGAAGACCAGUACUCCCAGAAGGAGGACAAGUAUGAGGAAGAGAUCAAGAUCCUGACCGACAAGCUCAAAGAGGCUGAGACUCGUGCUGAGUUUGCUGAGAGGUCUGUGGCCAAGCUGGAAAAGACCAUCGAUGAUCUGGAAGAGAGACUGGCCAAUGCCAAGGAGGAGAACCUCAAGAUCCAUGCCACCCUGGACCAGACUCUGCAGGACCUCAACAGCUUCUGAGAACCCCCAGAUGGACUCCCCCAGAUGGACUCCCCCAAAAACCACCUUCCUCCACUUAUCCCUCAGCCGACCUUUUCUUUCUGCCCCUCUCUUUCAGUCUCAUUUCUCCCCGCUCUGCUGUUGCGGAGGGUAGGAAAAAUCCCCACUGGAGGGUGCCAAAACCACUAUUUACAAUGACACCUUUAUUCUCAACAGCAUUGAUUGUUCUUGUUAAACUUUCAGUGUUCUUCAAUGUGACAUCUUCCGGAAGCUCUUGCCUUUAUCCAUUGGAAUUGUGUUUAAUAGGAGAACUCUGUCGUACUUGUGUGGUCUGUUAUUCUAUCUUCUCCUUGUUUGAAUGGGGCUAGCAUGACUGCCUUUAAGGAUUUAUUGCCAAGUUAACAAGAACAUGGUCAGUCCACUCACCCAUAGAAUAGCCCAUUCAAAAAAUGGGGAAACUGGCCACGUGACUUUUUUUUUAACCAGCCAUUUACUACAAGGGAUUAUUCAUUUCUGACUCCUGUCCUGCUGUUGUAUACCCUGGCCUGGUUAUAUUUUGUUCCCUAGCUCCUUCCCCCUAACUCCUGAAUAUUCACAGAUCUGAAAGGACUGAAGAGGGGUAAGCAAGAUGGAAUAAGCUCCACUUGGUCUAUCAGAGGGAUGGGCCAUCGCCACAUUGCUUAGGCCUAUGCAGUCCUUUCUGAUUAGUUAACACCAAAAAGGGUUAGUGGAUAGGGUCCAGAAUGGAACUGGGCCUCGCUUUCUGUCCUCCUAUAUCCCUCCCUUUGCCUACUUUACACCAAUAUGGUUUGGGACCAAAACCACAUUUGGUGGUCUGUAUUGAUGACAUCCAAGAUUUAUCAUGUGAUCAAGUUUGUUGUUUUUGUUUAGUGUUUUUCCUAUUCCUUAGGGAUAUGUAUCAUUUGUUUAUGUGCAUGAUAUUUUGCCUUAUGUAUGUUUUUUCUCCUACUGAAACCAUAGCCACUAUCACAAGACAAUGCUGCAUUUGUAUAACACUAAUUAUUUGGCCUCUUUGGCUGCGUUUACACAGGCAGCCCAAUCCUGAUAUUUAUUCCACUAAUUGGUCUUUUGACCAAUCACAACAGAUAUUUUUAAAUUGGCUCUUUUUCCGAGCUGAUCUGAUUGGUCAAAAUACCAAUUAGUGGGGAAAAUAUCAGACUUGGGCUGCCUGUGUAAACGUAGCCUUUUUAGUUUGACAGGUUUAUGGUGAGAUUGUUAGGUUAAAUCAAUGGCUAUCACCUUGCCAGUAUCAUGCCAAUUAUAGAACAUGGGUGGGAGAUCCAAUCAGUGGGAUGCAAAACCUAUACAUUUUAGUAGGGGAUUUAAAAACUAAAACACAAUUAAGAACUCAAUGUGUUAACUGGAAACUCACUUUGUGUAUAACCACUUUGUUUCUGUCUUGUUCCAUUGUAAUGGCUUUUUGUUGAAUAAAGACCAUGAUUUUUA